AGAGACAGAUUAAAAUAAAGCGCUCUUUGCUCGGGAUGUGCUGGAAGCAGUUGGGAGGGCUACCCGGAGCGGGCGGCCGCGGCAGCCCCGCGCCGCACUUUUCCCCCUCCGCACAAGAAAAUGAUCAAGUCAAUCAUGUGGACAUGCUUCAUUAUUCAUUGAACACAAUCUUUUACAACGCUCCGUUUACGUGCGGGAGUUUCUUCUACGCUUUGCUUUAAAUUUUAAGGUUUUAUUUUUCCAGUUGUGACCUUCAGCACCAAUCCUGUGUCUUUUAAGAAUUUCCUCAUCCAGGGAACAGAUUCAUUGGCUUAAGAAUAACUGCAAAGGAUCCACGAGAGCGUCUGUCACCCGUUGAUUACAGAAUUAAACCUCUCCCCACUCCAGCCAGAUGGAGAAACCAAGGCAAAGAGGUUAAAGGAUCUCUCCUGAGCCCCAGAGUGUGUUGAUGUCUGUCCCCACUCCCUAGACAUGUGCACAGACUACUAGACUUCACUGCUCUGGCUGCAGCAGGGAAGUGGGACGCCCCUUUGGCAAUCUGUCAGUGCCAACCUGAGCCGCAUCCUUUCACUGGGUAUUUUCUAAGCUGACUGACAGUCCUUAAAACAAGUAUGCAGUUAAGCUGCUAAGAGAUGGAGGAAGCUAGUUUGUGCCUUGGUGUUUCUUCAGCUGUGCCAGAAGCUGACGCCCAUCUCAACAGCACCAUACUCAAUGGGCAAUAUUCAAUGAGUCAGAAGCUGCACCAGAUCACGUCCCAGCUCAGCCAUGCCUUCCCGGAGCUCCAGAACAGGCAGAACCCCGAGGAGAAGGCGUCAGUGCCGCUGGAAGACAAAAGUCACAUGUCCAUAGCAAACCAGCCCAUCAGCAGCCAGAUGGCCCUGCUGGCAAACCAGCUCAACAGAGAGGUGGACACCAGCCUGAACGGGCGYGUGGACCUGCAGCAGUUCCUGAAUGGACAGAACCUCGGCAUUAUGUCUCAGAUGAGCGACAUYGAGGAUGAUGCCAGGAAAAACAGGAAGUACCCCUGCCCCCUGUGCGGGAAACGCUUUCGAUUUAACAGCAUCCUGUCGCUGCACAUGAGAACUCACACCGGAGAGAAACCCUUCAAAUGUCCCUACUGCGACCACAGAGCAGCUCAGAARGGCAACCUGAAGAUACACCUGCGUACUCACAAGCUUGGGAACCUUGGCAAAGGUCGUGGGAGGGUCCGAGAGGAAAACAGACUUUUACAUGAGCUGGAGGAGAGAGCAAUCCUUCGGGACAAGCAGAUGAAGAGCAGCCUCUUGCAGCCGCGACCUGACGUGAAAACACAGCAGCACAGCCAGCCCAUGCCGCUCGCCAACUGUAACCUGUCUGUGCCACCAAACCACAGCACACCCGACAUUUCAAACCCUGUCCCCUCUCCAAAGCCCGUCAGUGUCCAGGAGGAAGUCGUGGCUCAGACAGCCGGGUUCAGAUGCACGUUUUGCAAAGGCAAGUUUAAGAAGCGAGAGGAGCUGGACAGGCACAUUAGGAUCCUACACAAGCCUUACAAGUGCACUCUGUGUGACUUUGCGGCCUCGCAGGAGGAGGAACUGAUCAGCCACGUGGAGAAGGCUCACAUAACUGCAGAGUCAGCACAGGGCCAGGGCUCCAACGGCAAUGGGGAGCAAUCCACCAACGAGUUUCGCUGCGAGGUGUGUGGCCAAGUGUUUAGCCAAGCCUGGUUCCUAAARGGCCACAUGAGAAAGCACAAGGAUUCCUUUGAACACUGCUGUCAGAUCUGCGGGAGGCGAUUCAAAGAGCCUUGGUUUCUUAAAAACCACAUGAAAGUUCAUCUGAACAAGUUAUCUGUAAAGAACAAAUCUCCUAAUGAUCCUGAAGUACCUGUCUCCAUCGGCAGCAUGUCCCAGGAAGCUCACGCAAACCUGUACUCAAGAUAUCUGUCCUGUUUGCAGAGCGGCUUUCUUCCUCCCGACAAAGCGAGUUUAAGUGAACAAAAUCAAAUCUAUAACAAAGGAGACAUGCCCAUGAAAGAGAAAGAAGUCUUGGGGAAGCUCCUUUCRCCCAUUUCUGGCCUUGGCCACAGCAUUGCCGAAGGGGAUAAACAUUCUUUAUUGGGCUGUCUCAAUCUGGUGCCUCCUCUGAAAUCCAGCUGCAUAGAAAGGUUACAAGCUGCCGCCAAAGCAGCAGAGAUGGAUCCAGUAAACAGCUAUCAGGCCUGGCAGCUCAUGGCAAGGGGAAUGGCCAUGGAACAUGGCUUUUUGUCUAAAGAGCAGCAGAUACAGCGCAGCCACGAAGACACUUUGGCAAAUGCUGGAGUUAUGUUUGAUAAGGAGAAGCGGGAGUAUGUGUUAGUAGGAGCAGAUGGCUCUAAGCAGAAAAUGCCUGCUGAUUUGGUUCACAGCACUAAAAUGGGCAAUCAGAGAGACUUGCCAAGCAAACUAGACCCUUUAGAAGGCAGUAGAGAUUUUUUGUCACAUGGUAUGAACCAGGGACUCGAUUACAACUUACAAAGUCAUGGAAACGUAAAAGAAAAGCCAACUGAAUGCCCGGACUGCGGGAGGGUUUUUAGAACAUACCACCAAGUGGUCGUUCACUCCAGGGUCCACAAAAGAGACAGGAAAGGAGAAGAUGACAUAAUUCAAGGUGGUCUSGAUGAGCGGCGUGGGUCUGGAAGUGAUCAAGAGUCGCAGUCCGUCAGCAGGUCGACAACGCCGGGCUCCUCUAACAUCACCGAAGAAAGCGGAGUAGGUGGGGGUCUCUCGCAGACGGGGAGCGCUCAGGAGGACAGCCCUCAUCCUUCCUCACCCUCCUCUUCAGACAUUGGAGAAGAAGCUGGGAGAUCUGUAGGAGUCCAGCAGCCAGCUUUACUGAGAGACAGGAGCCUUGGUUCUGCCAUGAAAGACUGCCCAUAUUGUGGAAAAACUUUCAGAACAUCCCAYCACUUAAAGGUCCACCUGAGAAUACACACAGGUGAGAAGCCCUACAAGUGUCCCCAUUGUGACUAUGCUGGAACUCAGUCUGCAUCCCUCAAAUACCACCUGGARCGGCACCACCGGGAGCGGCAGAACGGAGCAGGACCCCUGUCGGGGCAGAGUGCAAGCCAGGAGCACAAAGAUGAGACAUCAAGUAAAAGUUCUGUGUUCAUUAGACCAGACAUCUUGAGAGGAGCCUUCAAGGGRCUCCCUGGCAUGGAUUUCCGGGGCGGAAUGGUCUCGCAGCAGUGGACRUCAGGAAUGCUGUCUUCUGGGGAUCAGCAAGGACAAGCAGCUGGCAUGUCAUCUGAGGGAUCUUCAGAAAACAUGAAGGGUUCAGACAUAUCUUCCAAAGGAGCACACUUCUCUGAACUCGGCCGUGCUUACCAGAACAUGGUCGGGAACGGUGUGAACUUUCAAGGGUCUUUGCAAGCUUUCAUGGACAGCUUUGUCCUAAGUUCUUUGAAGAAAGAAAAAGAAAUGAAGGAUAAAGCUCUCUCAGAUCCGCUUUCAGCAAAAGCUCUGGGCUCAGAUGGCAGUGAGGAGAAGAUCAACAGCAAGUCCUCACAGCGGAAAACAGAGAAGUCGCAAUACGAACCGCUGGACCUGUCGGUACGGCCCGACGCAGCCUCCCUGCCAGGCUCCUCCGUCACCGUGCAAGACAACAUUGCCUGGCACGGCUGCUUGUUUUGCUCCUUCACAACUUCAUCCAUGGAGCUCAUGGCUCUGCACCUCCAGGCCAACCACCUGGGCAAGGCUAAACGCAAAGACAACCUCAUGGGCAACAACAAAGAGCAGUCUCGAGAKGUUUCAGCCUCGGUGAACAAAGUGAGCUUGCUCCCCUCCUCYGUGCAGUCCGGCAAGGAGGCUGGAGUUCCAAACAUGCUGAGCCAGCUGGACUCAGCUUCUGAGAAAAUGACCCAAGGACAAAAUAAAGAGAGCCUGGGAGAGCAAAAGAGCACUGCCUGGCCCAGCCACAUGGAAUCCACUUUUUGUAAUUUUACAACAGACUUCUAUAAGCAGUUCGGUGUUUAUCCUGGUGUUAUUGGCACGGGGACACAAAAUUCUUGCACCAGUAAUGAAUCCGAAAUAAAAACACAAUCCGAAGAUGACCCAAAUAUUCUGCUGUCUGACUCUGUAAAUAAAAGUGCUACUGAUGACCUUUCUGACAUAGCUUCGUCUGAGGAUAUGGAAUCUUCCAAGGAAGAAAACAUUGAAGAUGAGGACAUUGACACAGAACCAGAUAUUAUGAAUAAGCAGUUGUCUGCCCUAAAUAAAGAAAGCAGUGAAGGAGGCGACAAUAUACAAAGUGCAGUCACCUCACAACCCACACAAGGGCUCGUAUCACCGCUGCCACAAGCUUCAGAAAAGCAGUGGCACAGUCAGAAUCUUCUCUCCUCACAUGAAACUGCACAAGGAGUGAUGAAACCCGAACAAGUUCAGGGCCCGCAGGUCCUGGAGAAGCAGAUGAACAUGUUGUCAGUCCUAAGAGCUUACAGCUCUGAUGGCUUAGCAGCCUUUAAUGGACUUGCAAGUAGCACAGCAACUAGUGGAUGUAUCAAGAGACCUGACUUGUGUGGUGUCAAAACCAAAAAGAUCAUAAUGCUAACCCCGUCAGAACUACCACCAACACGUGAAACGCGGAAAAAGAUUUUUAAUUAUUUGUGAUGGCUUCACCUGAGUCCCUACUGCAGAUCUUUUAAAUUACAAAAUCCAUAUUAAGAAGCGAAAGGCCUGAUCUAUCCAAGCUCUAGGACAGCUCCAAGACAAUGGAAGGUCGUCCUACUGCAGCAAAUUGUAGCACGGCCCAUUUAAAGUAUCAUGUAAYGCACUUAAGGAACGCUUUGUCCUGAUCUGCUGUUGGAGGAGUAACCAGAAUAUUCUUUUCCUUCAAGGCAGAAUGAAAUGAUAUGGAAGUUUUACAGCAGACUUUUCUUUACCCCAUUAUCUUGCCUUUGAAGAGGUUUCUUAGUUUCAGUUAGGAGGUCCGAGGGCAGCUUUUAGAGUACGAACUGUUCUGCUGAACGGGAUCAGCACCUCGGCCCUGCCUGGGUUUCAGACACACUUCUGGAUGUCACAGUGCCAUUUUCAUGGCAAUAUCAAACCAAACUCAUAUGGCUUGCUUCCUUUUUUAAUUAACUGGGAAUGCCAGUGAUCCAGUGAAGUUUGUGUUGCUGGAUAAAAGGGCCGGUCUGUGAACAGCAUUGUAUUUGCCAAAUGGUUCGCUAGUCWUUUCAGUACAAACAAAUGGAUGGUGUCUGUAAGUCUGCAAACACUGUUGACAUUUAGCCUUGUUUAUGUUACUUUCCUUUUGCUGCAUAUUUUUGGCUAGAAGAGAUACUGUCUGAAUCAACAUUGACUUCCUAAGCAGAAGCUGAGGGCCCAGUCUUGCAUCCCCCAUUCUCAAUGAGUAGCRCUACUUACAUGACUAAGGAUUGCAGAAUCAGGUCCUGUGUUUAUUUGACUUUAAAUUUCAUUUCUAUAUUCAUGUAACUUGAUUUGAUUGUAUUUUGUUGUAUCAGAAAUCGGUCRGGCGAUAAGUUUGGUAUCACCAUUUUGUUUACUGUUGAAAACUUUUAGUUCUUUCCGUUUUUCGUACUGUGGCGUGACAUUCCCAUUCCAUUUAUGUUUCUGAAAAUUAACCCCUAAAAUAUCUGAUACAGCUAAGUGCUGAGUACCUCCUAUUCCCAGAGAAACUGGAGGCAUUCAGUCCCUCCUAGCACCACAUCUGAAAGGGGGAUUGUGUUUGCAGAAGGAGGCCUUGGUAUGUGCCUUGAUUUCAGACAUCAGUGGCCAGCCRCACCAAGGCAAAUCCCUAGCACAGAAAGGCUUUUCUUUUCUUUGCAGAGACAAAAUAAUGAUGUAAGCUUAGGGCUGUAUGAUUUUUUGCUCUAAGUUUCAUCUCCCAAACAACAUAUUCUUAUUGUUUUUGUCAUAUCCARGUCAAAUUUAAAUUAUAAUUUAGGAUUAGGCAGAGGCAUAGAGAUGUUUCCAGGUCUUUCCAAAGUGAGACAAUGCUCUGGUUUGUGUUUUGGUUCAGGAAUAUACAUUCUUGUGUCUGAGGUAUAGUAUUUCCUAUAACUACUCAUAAACAUGAGCAAUUUAGACAUUCUUGUAAGUCAAAACUAAGUGUACGAUUAAUACCUAUUAUGAGGCCAAUUUUAAACAAUUAAUUUGACAGCAAUUAUAAUUUUAUGUUACAGGCUUUCAGGAAUAAAUAACCAAAUUCAUCUUUGUAAUCUAAGGAACUUAGGAUAUCUUUAUGCAGAGAUGAUCUUGUUGUGCACAGUAUCKCAUAUCUGGAAUUUCUGAGGUUUGCUCCCUCCUAUCUAGAUGCCUGUAGUGCCAGGGAUAAAUAAUUACCUGAGGCUUAUUAAUUGUUUCAGCAAAGAAAAAAAUAUAUACCUUAAGUGUAAGCAUUAAUAUAUGUAUACACAAUACAUCCACAAUAUAUAACAAACCAUCAUAAUAGUACAAAAAAUAGAGGUCCUGAAUAUGUUCUGUUAUUUAUGUGUUUGGCAAGCUUAGGGAAUGGACUUUAGUAUGAGUGAAAAUUCUCUUAACAUUUUUAAGGUUAUUUAUUGUCAUUUCUAUUUGAGUUUUUAAUGGUCCUGUAUUUUGUAAUGCUUUAGCAGGAAAAAAUACUGUAGUUAUCUUUUUUCAUAUUCUUUAAGCAAUAUUUCUAGCUUAAUAUAUUGUGCCAGGUUUUCCAAUAUUAACCAAGAAAGACAGUAAAAUUCAAUGAACAGCACUCUGACAUCCACAAUUUAAAACCUGUGAUUGAAGUGAAAUGUGUAAACUUCUAGUGGGUUAUCAUGUGCUUUGGAAUAGAGUAUUGUUGGAAGUAAUUAGAAAAUAUAUUAAGGUUUCCUGGUAAUGAAGGUAUGUAAGUUUUAAUAAUUGUUGCUUUCUGAAUAAGUGUCAAACUAUAUCUUUAAAUGUAUAUGGAGUUACAAGUUAGGUCACUUCUGAAUGGAAUGUAAAACAAUACUAAAAUGCUUCAAUAACUUAUCUCAGUGUUGCUAAUAA